CUUAGCCGGGUCAGGCUGAAUCCUCACAUCGCAGCUGCCCCAGGGAACUGGCCGUGCCACCGGAGCUUGGCUCAGAAGGGGACUCGGGAGCACACCUCUGGUUGCGGGAGUAGCCUGGCAGUUUGCCUGCGUCCGGGGCAGGAGAGUACGGAUUUGUGAACCAUGCGCUGGAGCUGCUGGUGAUCCGCAAUUAUGGUCCGGAGGUGUGGGAAGACAUCAAAAAAGAGGCACAGUUAGAUGAAGAAGGACAGUUUCUUGUUAGAAUAAUAUAUGAUGAUUCUAAAACGUAUGAUCUGGUUGCUGCUGCAAGCAAAGUCCUCAAUCUCAAUGCUGGAGAAAUCCUCCAAAUGUUUGGGAAGAUGUUUUUUGUCUUUUGUCAAGAAUCUGGUUAUGAUACAAUAUUGCGCGUCCUGGGAUCUAAUGUCAGAGAAUUCCUUCAGAACCUUGAUGCUCUGCACGACCACCUUGCUACUAUCUACCCGGGCAUGCGUGCACCGUCCUUUAGGUGCACCGAUGCAGAGAAGGGCAAGGGUCUCAUUCUGCAUUACUACUCAGAGAGAGAAGGACUCCAGGACAUUGUCAUCGGAAUCAUUAAAACGGUAGCUCAACAAAUACAUGGCACUGAAAUCGACAUGAAGGUUAUUCAGCAAAGAAAUGAAGAAUGUGAUCAUACUCAAUUUUUAAUUGAAGAAAAAGAAUCUAAGGAAGAGGAUUUUUAUGAAGAUCUUGACAGAUUUGAAGAAAAUGGUACCCAGGAAUCACGCAUCAGCCCCUAUACCUUCUGCAAAGCUUUUCCUUUUCACAUAAUAUUUGACCAGGACCUCGUGGUCACUCAGUGUGGCAAUGCCAUAUACAGAGUGCUUCCCCAGCUCCAGCCUGGCAAUUGUAACCUUUUGUCUGUCUUCUCUCUGGUCCGUCCUCAUAUUGACAUUAGUUUCCAUGGGAUCCUUUCACACAUCAAUACGGUUUUCGUAUUGAGAAGCAAGGAAGGAUUGUUGGAUGUAGAGAAAUUAGAAUGUGAAGAUGAACUGACUGGGACCGAGAUCAGCUGCUUACGGCUCAAGGGUCAGAUGAUCUACUUACCUGAAGCAGACAGCAUACUUUUUCUGUGUUCACCAAGUGUGAUGAAUCUGGACGAUUUGACAAGGAGAGGUCUGUAUCUAAGUGACAUCCCUCUGCAUGAUGCCACACGCGAUCUCGUUCUUUUGGGAGAACAAUUCAGAGAGGAAUACAAACUGACCCAGGAGCUGGAAAUCCUGACGGACAGACUGCAGCUCACGUUAAGAGCACUGGAAGAUGAAAAGAAAAAGACAGACACGUUACUAUACUCUGUCCUUCCUCCGUCCGUUGCCAAUGAGCUGAGACACAAGCGUCCUGUGCCUGCCAAAAGAUACGACAAUGUGACCAUCCUCUUCAGUGGCAUUGUGGGCUUCAAUGCUUUCUGUAGCAAGCACGCGUCUGGGGAAGGGGCCAUGAAGAUUGUCAACCUUCUCAAUGACCUCUACACCAGAUUUGACACACUGACUGAUUCCCGGAAAAAUCCGUUUGUGUAUAAGGUGGAGACUGUCGGUGAUAAAUACAUGACAGUGAGUGGUUUACCUGAGCCGUGCAUGCACCACGCACGAUCCAUUUGCCACCUGGCCUUGGACAUGAUGGAAAUCGCUGGCCAGGUUCAAGUGGAUGGUGAAUCUGUUCAGAUAACAAUAGGGAUACACACUGGAGAGGUGGUCACAGGUGUCAUAGGACAGAGGAUGCCUCGUUACUGUCUUUUUGGAAAUACCGUCAACCUCACCAGCAGAACAGAAACCACUGGAGAAAAGGGAAAAAUAAAUGUGUCCGAAUAUACAUACAGAUGUCUUAUGACAACAGAAAAUUCAGAUCCACAGUUCCAUUUGGAGCACAGAGGCCCAGUGUCCAUGAAGGGCAAAAAAGAACCAAUGCAAGUUUGGUUUCUAUCCAGAAAAAAUACAGGAACAGAGGAAACGAAGCAAGAUGAUAACUGAAUCUUGGACUGUGGGGAGGAAGAAAAGACUGCAGUCGGCUUCCAGUCAUUCCUUGACAUACAGCGAGCCUAGGAGCAGUUAUUCCCUAUGGAUUCAACGUUUUGUUUUGUCUUUUUCAAUUAUCCCCAGCCUUUCUCUUAGGUUUACCUUCCAACUGCAGCUCUGCUUUUCAUUCCUUUCAAGGUUUAAUACAUCAUCGAAAGUUCGCCUUUAGAUGUGGAUGACGUGCACUUCAUGUGUCUUACAUCCACUAUAAGCAUUACUAAACAUGGUCAUUUGUAAGUCGUAGGCACCCAAGAAAUAUUUGUUGAAUUUCAUGAAAUGAAACUGAACAGUAUUUGGCCUUGUGUAUACAGACCAUGGUUUACCAAAUCUGUUUUGUGCUCCAUAUAUAUAUAUGUAUGUAUAUGUAUAUUUUAAUGACUAUAACAUAACAAAAUUUAUAUCAUGGUGGUGUAUAGCAUUACAGAAAUCAUUUUCUAAAGGAGUGAAUUCUAAGUUUUAGGAAAAACAGAGUGAUUUAUUUUCGGACUCCCAAAGUAAGAAUUAACAUAUCAUGCUAAUAUAUGACUAUUUUGAAGUAUGUCAAUUUCCCUUCUGAAAUAUAGAGCACAUGUUUCUGUUAUUAAAACAUUUGAUCACACAUUUAAAUAAUGUGGCAAUUAUAAUUCCACUAAAAUGCUGUCAUUUGUAUUGUAUCCCUUGUAUUCAAUCUCAUUAGCUACAUGCAGCGAUUAUAGAAAACUGAACUGUUUCCCACUGAACUACUAUAUUAGCUUGGGAUACAUGUUAGGGACUGGAACCACUUCCAAGAAUAAAGCUGGGACACUGUUAAUUAGAACCCUCCCUGGCCUUUUAUUCUCAGAAAUGAGCUUCUUUUUAGUUUUGAAGGAUGUGACUACACCUAGGACACCCUGUUCAGAAAACGGAGUUUCAUUGUGACAUAGAAUGCGUUCCUAUUGGAAUAAUCGGCCCGUUGUUCUGAAAUGUCUCGAUAAUUUAUUAAUACCUAUCUUUAUAAAAUAGAGUGCAACUACUUUUGUGUAAAAAUGUUUGUCUUUAAAUUUAGUAUUUCAUAUCAACACAUUGAUAUAUGUAUAAAUGUUCCAUGGUAAUGUGUAAAAGAAACUACAAUAAAUUAUUUUUUCCACUUG